AUGGAAUUCUCUAGCAAGGCCUUCAAGGAAGGAAAAUGUCAAGGCCAAAAAGUGGUGCAUGGUGAAAUCAUGCCACUAGUUUUACAACCUCCAGAGCCCAACAAGGGUGACUUGGAAUCCCUUCUCUUGGCUCUCAAGGAAAACAAGGACUGGUUCGAGCAAAUGAUCAUCAACAACAGUGCUGUCCUCCUUAGAGGUUACAACGUUGAGAAAGCUGAGGAUUUCAAUGAAAUCAUAGAAAUCUUUGGCUGGGAAGAAAUUCAUUAUGUGGGGCCAGCACCUCGAACACAUGUUUACAAACGAGUUUUGACAGCCAACGAGGGACCACUCUCUGAGUUCAUUCACUACCACCAUGAAAUGGUUUUGAUUAAGGAAUGUCCAAAAAAAGUUAUAUUUUUCUGUGAGAUACCACCCCCUGAAGGUGGAGAGACACCCUUUGUUCCCAGCUUCCGAGUAACAGAAAGGAUGCUAGAGGAGUUCCCAGAAGCUGUGGAGAAAAUAGAGGAGAAGGGGCUAAAGUACACAUUCACAACUCUAAGCAAGAAUGAUACAGCAUCCUCCAUGAGAGGUAGAGGCUGGGAAGAUACUUUUGGAACAUCGGAUUGUGCAGAAGCUGAGAGAAGGGCCAAUGCUGCUGGCAUGGACUUGGAGUGGCUACCAAAUGGUGCAGUUCAGGCAACAUUGAGCCCACGACCUCUAACAAAGGUGUUUGAUGGAAGAAAAGGAAGGAGGAUGUGGUUUAACCUCGCAGUUGGCACGCAUGGAAAGGAACACAGCUCAGCCAUGAUGGCAGAUGGAACAGAAUUACCGGAACAUGUAGUCAAGAGAUGUGAAGAAAUCAUCGAAGAAGAGAGCAUCCAAUUCAAGUGGGAAAAGGGAGAUGUUCUCUUCUUUGAUAACAUGGCUUUGCUUCAUGGAAGAAGGCCUUCUCUUCCUCCUAGAAGAAUCCUGGUUGCCAUAACCAAGUAGUUUGUUUCGCUUGUGGCUCUAUCAAUAAUUGUGUGCGUUGUGAGGACUUUUCACACUGCAAAUAUAUAUGUUGUGUG